UCCUGUAGGGACUCCACAUCUAUGAGUCUCGGAGUCCUUACUGCCCAUCUCUCUCUUAUGAAACUUUCGAAACUGAAUCAACUUUCUUCAGCCCUUAAAUCAACGUUUAAUCACAAACCCACGUUCAAACCCACAAUAACUCUAUCAAUCUUAGAGACCCACUUGCACAACUGCCACAAUCUCAAACAAUUCAACCGGAUUCUCUCUCAGAUGAUCCUCACUGGGUUCAUCUCUGAUACAUUCGCUGCCAGCCGACUCCUCAAGUUCUCAACUGAUUCACCCUUCAUUGGCCUCGAUUACUCCCUUCAAAUCUUCGACCGCAUUGAAAAUUCUAAUGGGUUCAUGUGGAAUACCAUGAUGAGAGCAUAUAUACAGAGCAACUCUGCGGAAAAGGCUCUUCUUCUAUACAAAUUAAUGGUGAAAAACAAUGUGGGUCCUGAUAAUUAUACUUACCCGCUUGUAGUUCAGGCUUGCGCUGUCAGAUUAUUGGAAUUUGGAGGGAAAGAGAUACAUGAUCAUGUUUUGAAAGUGGGGUUUGAUUCAGAUGUGUAUGUGCAGAACACAUUGAUUAAUAUGUAUGCCGUUUGUGGGAAUAUGAGAGAUGCCCGGAAGUUGUUUGAUGAAAGCCCCGUGUUGGAUUCAGUUUCAUGGAAUUCGAUAUUGGCAGGGUAUGUUCAGAAAGGGGAUGUGGAGGAGGCGAAGUUGAUAUUUGAUCAGAUGCCACAAAGGAACAUAAUUGCUUCCAAUUCAAUGAUUGUGUUGCUUGGGAAGAUGGGGCAAGUGAUGGAGGCAUGGAAGUUGUUUAAUGAAAUGGAUGAAAAAGAUAUGGUUUCUUGGAGUGCAUUGAUUUCGGGUUAUGAGCAAAAUGGGAUGUAUGAAGAGGCUCUGGUUAUGUUUAUUGAGAUGAAUGCUAAUGGAAUGAGGUUGGAUGAGGUUGUGGUGGUUAGUGUUCUUUCUGCAUGCGCUCACUUGUCCAUUGUUAAGACAGGGAAGAUGAUCCAUGGAUUAGUCAUAAGAAUGGGGAUUGAAUCUUAUGUGAACCUUCAAAAUGCUUUGAUUCAUAUGUAUUCUGGUAGCGGGGAAAUAAUGGAUGCACAAAAAUUGUUCAAUGGAAGCCACAACUUGGACCAGAUAUCUUGGAACUCCAUGAUAUCUGGGUACAUGAAAUGUGGGUCAGUCGAAAAGGCCAGGGCAUUGUUUGAUGUCAUGUCAGAGAAGGAUAUUGUGUCAUGGAGUGCAGUGAUAUCGGGUUAUGCCCAACAUGACUGUUUCUCGGAUACUUUGGCAUUGUUCCAUGAGAUGCAGCUAGGACAAAUAAGGCCUGAUGAGACAAUUUUGGUGAGCGUGAUCUCAGCUUGCACCCACUUAGCUGCCCUUGAUCAAGGCAAGUGGGUUCAUGCUUAUAUACGGAAGAAUGGCCUAAAGGUUAAUGUUAUUCUUGGUACGACCCUACUAGACAUGUACAUGAAAUGUGGAUGUGUUGAAAAUGCAUUGGAGGUCUUUAAUGGAAUGGAGGAAAAAGGGGUUUCUUCUUGGAAUGCUCUAAUUAUUGGGUUGGCUGUGAAUGGGUUGGUAGAAAGGUCACUAGAUAUGUUCUCAGAAAUGAAGAACGAUGGUGUAAUUCCCAAUGAGAUAACCUUUAUGGGAGUUCUCGGGGCCUGUAGGCAUAUGGGCUUAGUAGAUGAAGGGCGCUGCCACUUUGCUUCAAUGAUUGAAAAACAUGGGAUAGAACCCAAUGUUAAGCAUUAUGGAUGUAUGGUUGAUCUUCUUGGGCGUGCAGGUUUGCUCAACGAGGCAGAGAAACUCAUUGAGAGUAUGCCUAUGGCACCGGAUGUUGCUACCUGGGGGGCAUUGCUUGGGGCUUGUAAAAAGCAUGGUGAUACUGAAAUGGGAGAGAGGGUUGGAAGGAAGCUUAUUGAGCUUCAGCCUGACCAUGAUGGUUUCCAUGUAUUGUUAUCCAAUAUAUUUGCUUCAAAGGGUGAUUGGGAAGAUGUUCUAGAGGUCAGAGGGAUGAUGAAGCAACAGGGAGUGGUGAAAACCCUGGAUGCAGCUUGAUUGAAGCCAAUGGAGUUGUUCAUGAAUUCCUGGCAGGAGAUAAGACACACCCAUGGAUAAAUAAGGUUGAGGGAAUGUUGAAUGAAAUGGCUAAAAGAUUGAAGAUGGAAGGCUAUGCUCCAGACACAAAUGAGGUUUCCUUUGACAUUGAUGAAGAAGAAAAGGAAACUGCUCUGUUUAGACAUAGUGAGAAGCUAGCAAUUGCCUUUGGGCUACUGACUAUUAGUCCACCAACACCAAUAAGGAUAAUGAAGAAUUUGCGAAUAUGUAAUGAUUGUCACACUGCAGCAAAGCUUAUCUCCAAAGCUUAUGCCCGCGAAAUUGUGGUGAGGGAUCGGCAUCGCUUUCACCACUUCAAGGAAGGGGCUUGUUCUUGCAUGGAUUAUUGGUAGCAGAUAUUGAUACAAAGCAAACUGGUAUUGACAAUGCUCCUGUUGUUGAAGAUGAGCAUCAUUUAUUACUCCAGAUGAAGUAUACCAACACCCUGCCAAGCAGCAAUUUGCCACUGCCUUCUUGGAUAUCACUCUUUAGUUCCAAAGUGAUAUUUGGGUAAAAAAAGAAGAAAUUGUGAAUAUCUAUUGAAUGACAUGCAGAUCGGAAUAUAUUAGAGCUUUGAGAGUGAGGUUGUAUUGAUGACAGCCACUGCUUUCACCUUUGAAGUAGAGGUCUUGUUGAUGAUGUAAUUAUUGAUAGCAGAUUUUGACCAAAUGAUAACUUACGACAUGGGACAUUAUUUUGUUGCCAGCUUGAAGGUUUAAGAGCAGAUCAACAAGCUCUAACAUUUCUUUCUCUCCUCCAUAUUGGGAGUUCAGGAUUUGAUCAAGGAAGAUGGAAUAUCUUACAAGCAAAAGAAAA